AUGAGUAUAGCUGCAUAUGCGUAUGAAGCUGACAGAGCUAAACGUUUAUAUUUUGGUCAAUACUCUCUCACACUUACUGACAAAUAUAUUGUUAUCACUGAUGGAAAUACUGAGAAAUACAUAACAUGGAAGGACUAUGAAAAGUUUGACCCUAUUUUAACUCCAUGUACUAUGCCGUUUAUAAAGGACGGUGAAAUUAUUGAAAAAGAUAAUACAACCGUAUAUAGGUCUGUUUAUGAAGCAUUAGAAUAUAUGUUGAAUCAUAACCCAAAAAGAUUUGACCCAAGCACUACACCAUGUGCAAUGCCUUUUAUUAAGGACGGUGAAAUCGUAAGAGUUCCGGAUUCAACGGUUUACACAGCUGUUCAAAACAGUUUACAAACCAUUUUAGCGAAUAUCUUUAAUUCAGAAACUACAGAAAUAAAAUUACCAUAUAUAACAGAUGCUAAAGAAAUUAAAUCAAAAACGACAACAUUAUUUACGUCACUUAAUGAUUUAAUGACUUAUAUCAUUAAUAUUCCUGCACCAACUACAACAUUUGAUCCAAACUCGACGGUUUGCAGUGUACCUUUCAUAAAUGACAGUUCAUUAAUUGCUUUAAGGGAUUCAACAGUAAAUGAAUCAUUAAAGGCGUCAUUAAUGAAAAUCAUUGAUUUUAACUCAUUCACGAAUACAUAUAAUUCAUUCAUUAAUGUUUCAUAUGCUUCUAAAGAAGGUGAGCCAAAAACUAUCGAUAAAGCGGUGUAUGAAAUAAAAGCAUCAACGACGAAAUUGAAUUCGUUAACUUUUGACGGUGAUAGUUUCGUUAAUGACAUAACAUCGGGGAAAACAAUUUUAACGAAAGAAUACUUAAAAUCUCAUGUUAGUGAGUUCGUUGAAAUUGAAAAAGAAGGUGGAAUUAAGUUCGAUCCACUGAAUUUCAUUUUCAGCUUAGCGAAUGCGGGUGUUAGUUUCGCUGAAUGGACAACUAUACAGAGUGAAAUAAAUGCAAUAUGGACGUUUUUGGGGUCAAAAGCGGGAAUGGGUGAACUUGUAAAUGCUGCAAGAACAUUAGGUGAAACAGGAAAUUUUGUAGAUGGUUUUAAAAGACUUGUUUCAAAUGUUUUAACAAACACAAAGAAAUUAUUUAGAUAUACCAUACAUAACGGUCAGAUUUUCGAACAGGUAGCAACAAACCCUCCGGUUAUGGCUGCGUUGAUGAUGGUUAGAGAUAUAAAACCACGUAACGACGGGAACGAAGAACAUGAACAACAGGAUACUGGUCGGGUUAUUCGAGACAUUAAAAACGUGUAUCCUGAAGUUAUUGAUUUAUUUAGAGGAAUUAAUGAUUCAAUUUCAAAACAUUCUAUAACCCUCGAUGAAGAGAAUAAAUUAACAGAUUAUAUAUUCGUCAUUAUUGCAGAAUUAAUGAAGAGAAUAAAUGAAAAAGGAAUUGGUGAUAUCAUUAAUGUCAGCGAUGUAAUGAUGAAAAGAAAUUUUGACUCAUUAUUUACAAAACCGAAAACAGAAUAUAGUCUUUAUGACGUAAUUACCGAAUUAAUGAAAAAGAUUAAUGAUAAUAAGAGUUCUGGCGGAAGAGUUGAAUUAGAAGUGAAUGAUGUUAAUGAGAAAUUAGCCGAAAAAGCAGACAAAAAUGAACUUUUAGCUCUGAGUGAUAAAGUCAAGAACCACGUUCAUUAUAUAACUUCAGACGAACAGAUUAUAACGGACUACCAUGGAUAUUUAACACGAACUGAAGAAGAAGUGAAGACGGAAGAUGUUAAUGAAAGAAGAUAUAAAUACAUUCGUGCUAAAGGUUAUGACAUAAGCUGUACUGUACAGUAUGACACAGGUAAAGCACAAGAAGCAUUUAGUUAUAACGAUGAAAUAUAUGCCUCUACUUUCUCUGUUAAAGGUGUAUUAGUUGAACCAAGAUUUACAUUGAGAGUUAAGGCAAAAAUAACUUUUGAAGAUGCUAUUAAAAGUAAAGCUGACAAAGUUGAACUUGACGCAACGAACAAAGUUUUGAAAUCUCAUAAACACAAUAUCUCCGAUAUAAAUGAACUUCAAGCUACAUUAAAUAGUAAAGCUGACAAGAACCAUACACAUGAAUCCUUCACUACUGUUAGAGCAGACGACAUAAUAUUGAACUAUACCCUUGGUUCAAGUGCACCUUUAGAGAAUCCAAGUACAAGCGUAAAAGAUACACUAAACUCCUUAAAUAGUAAAUGUAUGAACAUUGAAGUUCAUGUCAGAAAC